AUGGCCACGGUGCCCGCAGAUCGACGCAAACCGUUUACAAAAUGGGUCAAGAAGCUGAACCAGAAGAUGAAGCGGGCACGAGGGCCCAACAACCCAUAUCCCCAGUCUGGACACGUCAGCAGCAGACAUGCACAGCAGCAGCGCCAGCAGGAUCUUGAGUCGCAGUCAUUGUCGCAGUCGCGGUCUACAGACUAUCCACAGAGCCGGAUCUCGACCAUCGAAGGCGACACCGCCCGCGCCCGCAGCACCCGCACCCGCGACGCCGGCCCUGACCCUGAGCUGGUGGUCCACUCGGCCGAGGAGCUCGACGAUAGGCAGUCCCUGGUGUCGACGACGAGCGGCAGAGGCUCGGCAGAUGACAACGACGACGAUGUCGGGACCGAGGGCCGUCCUCCCACGACCGCUCCCUCGUACGGCGGCACCUCGCUCGCGGGUACCAUGAUCACAGCAACCGACCCUCGCAGGCCCGACAGUACCUUCUCCUCACCUGCCCCCUCCGCCCGCUCCGUGGCGACCACACUCUCGACGAUCCAGUCUCAGAUGGCCAAUGGUGUGCCUGCAGCCGGCCCUGGCGCUGUGGGCGCCAGCCACCCCAGUGGCACGGCCCAGGCGUCGUCGUCGUCGCGCGAUCCGAACGGUGAGCCCGUGCAAUACAGCCAGCCGCAGGCUCUGGUCACGGCCAUGCCGGGCAGCGACCGCAACACGCGCAGCGCGUACCGGCCGGCCACAUACAGUGCCAUUAUUGCCAACAACCUGCUCAACGACAACAUCUCGAUCCUGACCCUAGCGUCGUCGACCCAACGCCGUAGGCGGCGCUCCUGGGACACGGACUACGACCACGCCUCGGUGCGCGCCCUGCCGCCGUCGCAGUUUGGGGGCAGCCGCGAGUCCCUGCCCCUGUCGGUGCUGAGUGCAAACCUGGACGGACAGCCCACAAGCCCCGGGCUGACGGCGGCAAGAUCCAUUGCCGAGCGGUCCGUGAGCGGGCUGACGACAGGACACGGGCGGGCGGACAGCCUGAGCGGGAGUAUCGGCGGCGGAGGGCCCCUGGCUGUUGCGAGUGAAUCAUAGGGAUGGUUUGUGGGCUUUUCUUCAGGUGGGCACUGUCUGCAUGCUGGUAGCACAAGUGUGGGUGUGGUCGCCAGCAACUAAGAGCCAUGCACACUGCGAUACAAAGGAGAAGUUUGCACACAAUAUGCAUACACACGCAUGAAAGGGGAAAGAGAAAAGGGUUUGCUGAGCGGAGUUGGUUGGUCUGUAUCAUUGUUUACUCUCUUUUCGUGUCUGUUUCCUUCUUUCUUUCUUGUUCUUUUUAUCUCUCUGUUGGCGCUGGUGGCAUCCAUUGAUGACGAGUUUUAUGGUUUGGAACGGAAUCGAUACCCAGUACUGCUACUACUACUACUACUACUACUACUACUACUACUACUACUUUUACUGCUACAAACAUCUACUUGAUAGAAAGAAGAGAGGGAACAAUCCAAGACUCUUUCCUCUUCUCGAGAAGGGGCCAUC